AUGAAUGUUCUUGACAAUGCGAUACUUCUGCUCAUGACAUCUAAUGUGUUGGCACUCGUUGUAGCACCUGCGUUGGGACAUGAGUGCCUUGGAGUUAUUAUUUUUAUGGCUUCCUUGUUGGGAACGGUUAUCCUUUCAUUGGCGGCGAAAAGGCAAGAAUCGAGACAAUUACAAAGUGAACGAUCACAGAUUGCUAGGAUUGCUACGAGAGCCUUACCCCCUACUAAGAAAUUCCAACAAGGGGACAUAGAAAUUGGAUCACAAUGUGAUCGAUGUGCUAUUUGCGUGGAGCAGUUUAAGAAUGGGGAACAAAUUCAACCUUUUGGAGUUUGUGUUCAUGUCUUUCACUCCUCCUGCCUCAACUCUUGGUUGCUCACUGGAAAAACUACUUGCCCUGUUUGCCGUCAAGGUUUGAAAAUUGAUAUUUGCUAG